AUGAGUCGUCUUUUGUUUACUUCUGGAGAACUCAUCAACGCCAUGGCGAUAGGUGAGAGUAUCAUGAAACGCAGUAACAGAACACCUCACAGCCAUGAGAUUUGUUUCGUUCUCUUUCUCUCUCUCCCAUCUCUAUCUUCUCAGUCAGCUAAUGUCCUCAUCCUCUACCCUUUACCUUUCGAUUUGUUCCCUUGACCUUGUAACUUGUAUAGCCGUUUCCCAGUCGUGCCCUCUUCGAUACCCUUCUCUGCAGCCAACAUGGAGUCAAGUUUUCCACACUUCAGAGACGGUGACGUGAACAUAGUCGUAUAUAAGGACGUUUAUCGCCUACAUUCCUCCACCCUCAAAGCCUGUUCGCGCGAGUUGAGAGACCUACUUUCGUCACUCAGCCCCUUUGGAUUUGGUCACUACGGUUACCUGCAGCUUGAGCUGGUAGAAUCAGUGUCGCAUGGAUAUGGAGUGCUAGAGGUUCAGGAUCCGAAUGACCAAUACCAGAACGGUUCCAUGUAUAUGCAACUCCAGAAACCGAUAAUUAUGUGGCCUCCAGCAGUCCGUCUUGUUUGGGCUAACAUGUUCAAGAUCUUUUACGACCUUUCCCCACUGCUAGACCAAGGGGGUCUGGAGAAUGUCCUAAGCCGCUGCUGGGAUUUGAUCGAUCUGGCCGACUGCCUUAGAGCGACACGUGCGGUAUUCCCCAUGAUCGAAACCUCUCUUCAGGAUCUAGGCUCACACUUUUAUGCGCUUAUCGCUGACGAUCCGAUCAACUGGAUGAAGCUAGGCACGUACAUGCGAUCGGCGCUUAUCUUCAAGGAGGCAGCAAUCCACAUCAUCGGGAACUGGAAUGCUCUGGGGGAUGAUCUUGACUAUUUGCCCAGUGUUGUCCAUGAAUUGUGUGAGAGUAGAUACCGUGAGCUCGUCAUAUUCAAGCAAGAACUUGAAGCCCGAAUGCUUCAACAUUGUCCUUAUCAAACACUGCGUGGCGGUCCGCACAGCGAAUUCAUGGUCGCUCCCUAUGCGAAGGACUUGAGCAUGUGGAUGGCAAUGACCUUCUACAGUCAGUGGUUUUGUGUCGCGAUCUGCGAGAACCGCACCUACUUUGCUCGUGAUGGUGGUGCCGCGUUUUACCGUAGCAUCUAUGCUGGAGGCGAUGCUUACCUAGGUGUUGAAGAGCAGGAGACUUACAACGUCAUCCACAUGAAUGCACGCAGGGCCAGAAUACUCGAAAAUAGGCUGGGCAUCCUCAAAGCUGAUAUGAGCAGAUUUGUUGCAGUUCUCCUGGUGAAUGAAAGCCGCUAUGAUGCUGACCUUAUGGGAGAACUGCCUUACCUGACCUGCUGCAAGAUUGAGGACGAUGAACUCCCGUGGAUCACUUGGCCCGAUGGUGAUUGGCACGUUGAUAGCGACGAGGAGCUUUUCUUAUCUGAUUAUGAACGUAUUGCAGAAAGUGAUAUGGAUGACGUGGUCAGCGGGACGGGGUUUACUGAGACCGGGGCUGCUGACUCUGAAAAUGAAAACGAUGCUGACAUUGAAGACGCUGAGGCUACUAAUACUGAGGGCUCUGAAACCGAGGAAGAGAAAGAAGACGAGACUGCCACUCUUACAGUCGAAGAAGACGAGAUGGCGAUGAUACCUGCAUAAGACCAUUACUGCUGGCUUGACGGGAUCUAUCAAGACUUAGCUCGGUAUCUGGGCCUUCUGUACAGCAAUAUGUCGGCGGAGGAGUCGAUUCAUUAGUAUCUGAUCUCGCGUCACUUAAUAGCGAAUUCGGAGCACAGCUCAACGUAGCAUUUUGGAUUUGACAACCAACCGUGGCC